AUGUCUUCCAGCCUUGACAAGCCGUUAAAGCUCAUCGUCAUAACCGGAGGUCAUGGUUUCAUCGGGUCCCAUGUCGCCCGUCGACUUUAUCAAUUGAACGCGGGCAAAAUACGCAUCGUAGAUAUUUCGACAACGCCCGCUAUAGACUCGGACGGCCCCAUCUGCCAUGAGUUCGUGUCUGGCGAUAUCUGCGACAUUAAUUUUUGCGAUGAGGUUGUUCGAGGGGCUCAUACAGUGAUUCAUUUUGCUGCCAACAUGGGCGGAAUGGGUACUAUUCACGAUGGGAAUAGUUUUGCUAUUUACCGCCAGAAUUCUAUGAUGACGACAAAUACUUUUCAAGCCUGUAUCUCUGCAGGUGUAAAAAAGUUCUUCUACGCCUCUUCAGCGUGUGUUUAUCACGAACUACUGCAAAUCAGUUCCUCUGGCCAGGAUGUUUCGCUCCGUGAGGAUGAUAUUUUUCAUUCUAAUGAACCUCCAAGACCCCAAGGUUUAUACGGUCUCGAAAAGCUGACUUCGGAAUUCUUGAUACAACAGCCUGUCCUGAAUUUCGGGCUCGACAUUCGCAUCGCCAGGUUUCAUAAUAUCUACGGACCAGGAGGGGCGUGGAACAAUGGUCGCGAAAAGGCACCUGCUGCACUUUUGCGCAAAGCUCUAGUUUAUCGGCCUACCAUCAGCCCUGGCGUAUCGGUAGAACCUUUCGAAAUAUGGGGUGAUGGUUCUCAACGCCGUUCAUUCCUGUAUAUUGAUGACGCCGUCGAAGCUAUCAUCAAACUCCUUGAAUCGAAUCAUUCAAAACCAAUCAACAUUGGGUCUGAUUCUUCAAUCUCUAUUCAGGAAUUAGCUCGACUCGCUUUGAGGAUCGCCUCCAUUGACCCCAAAAGUGUAGUCUUCAACCAUGACAUAACAAAACCUGUUGGUGUUGCGUCUCGGAAUUCGAACAAUGUCCUAGUGAAUUCUGUUUUGGGAUGGUCUCCAACUACCUCAUUGGAGGACGGAAUGAAACACACCGCGCAAUGGAUUGAGGGGAAGAUGGGGAGGCUUCUGCUACAGGGACCUUCUACGUCGAUCUCAAUGCGAGAGCAGAUGCAACAAAGCCAGCUGAUACACCUAUCUCCUGAAGCCACGAUUGUCUUCGCCGUUCUCCUACCGAUCACGUCUCGCGGCAGUGGUGAUCCCGCCCAAUGUCUUUCUCACUUGAGAAAGUUUGCGGAAUCACUAAACCGGACAACCCGCCAGCGGGAUACGUUCGGAUUAGCAAAGACCAAAUUUUGUGUUCGGAUCUACCUUGCCAUUGACGAAGACGACGAAUUUCUCCUGAAGGGAGCCAGAGACGGCUUCAACGAAGCCGCAAAAGUUUUAAUUAAUGCAGGCUUUCUACGUACGAAAACGCUUCUGUGCAACCAUCCCAGAGGGCACGUCUGCAAACUUUGGCGUGAUCUUGCUAAAGCUGCUUGGGACGAUAGCUGUGACUAUUUUGUCCUUAUGGGUGACGAUGUUGUCUUGAAGGAUCGAGGAUGGAUGGAAGACGUUCAUGCCCAGUUCCAGCGGUUUUCCGAGGACCAAGCUGGUGUUCCUUUCGGUUUCGGAUGCGUUUCAUUCACAGAUAUCACCUUUCCUGGGAUGCCUACAUUCCCUGUUAUACAUCGUACCCAUCUUGAUAUUUUCAAUGGCGAGGUCAUUCCGUCCGUUUUCAUCAAUCAGGACGGAGAUCCAUUCCUCUAUCAACUCUAUCGAAGGUGGGGUUGCUCGACAAUGAUUGAGAGCAGGAUUUCAAACGAAGUUGGAGGAGAAUUUGCCGCUCGCUACGAGAAGCAACAUACGCAAGACUGGACAUUCGAGAUUCUGGAUUCUGCCGUGUUCGCAAUAGAAUGUUGGUUGCAAGACCGGGCAGAAGGAAACAGUAUUCUAAUUCCACAGAAGCUCCUAACCUUGGACAUCGUGAUUCCGUGUUACAGAGUUGAUUCCGAAAUUAUCGAUAGGAUUCUUCAACUGAAGACUUCAAAAUUUUGCAGCACGAUGUUCAUCAUCAUUGUAGAUGACCCCAAUAAUCCGAACAUCGCUGUCCUCAAUCAACGACAUGGACAUCGCCCUGAUGUUCGAAUCCGUGUCAACUCAGUCAAUUCGGGUGCGUCUUAUUCCCGUAACCGAGGUAUGCAAGAGUCCGCUGCAGAUUGGGUCCAUUUCCUCGACGACGACAUUGUUCCCUCCCCUGACUUACUCCUGGAAGCCGAAAGUAUAAUACGCCAUAAUCCAAACGCCGCAGGGUUCGUCGGAAACACAUUCUUUCCUCCUGCAAACUCAAUCUUCACUGCUGCUUUACACCUCUCAGGUGUCACCUACUUUUGGGACAUCGCUGAUAAAAUUAGUACAGAUGUCCCAUGGGGCGUUACAGCAAACAUUAUCGCUCGCAGAAACGUUGCAGAUGGGGUAAAGUUCGACUUGACGUUCCCGAAGACUGGCGGGGGUGAAGAUAUCGAUUUUUGUAGGAAAAAGCGCGCGUAUAUGAUCAGAGAAGGCGGGGAAGGAUUUGUUGCUGCUCCAAAAGUGAAAGUGACGCACCCUUGGUGGAAGAAUGGUGCGAGAUCCUACUGGCGCUUCUAUAUGUGGUCGGUAGGAGACGGCGCACUGGUGAAGCUGUACCCGGAGCACUGUUAUCGUGUCUGGGUGCCAAAUAGCGCAGAGAUGAUGUUGUUGUGGGUUCUCGCUGGUUCGAUGAUGAUGUGUCUUGGAGAAUGGCCUCGUUUUGCGUUUCGCGGCUUGCUGAGCACCAUCUUUGCCAGUGUUUUCCAUGACUGCUACCGCCAUCUCUACCGAGAUGUUGAACGAUGCCGGAAAAUGGACACCAACGUUACUGGGAUAUUUUGGGUCAUUGCGGUCAUCGAAAGCUCGCUGAUUCGAAUGUUCAGCGAAAUGGGUAGAGUCAAGGGGAUGUUGACUAGAAAGGAGUUUCAAUUGUUGGGAAAACGGUUCGAUUGGUUCACUGGUCGCUGGGGAGAUGGACCGUUGAAGGAAGAAACGAUGAAUGGGAGACAACGUAUUUUCUUGACGAUCGUCAUAUUGCUCAUUGAGCACUUUAUUUGA